AUGCCUCUCGUGAAGAGAAACAUUGCUCCUCGGCACUUGUGCCACGGCACUGUACCGGAUGGCAUCAGUAACGAGCUGGAGUGUGUCACCAAUAACACACUGUCCGCCAUCAUCCGCCAGCUCAGCAGCCUCAGUAAACAUGCUGAAAACGUGUUUGGGGAACUCUUCAAUGAGGCCAAUACAUUUUACGGGCGUGCGAACUCUCUGCAGGACCGCAUCGAUCGCUUAGCCAUCAAAGUCACUCAGCUGGAUUCAAGCAUUGAAGAGGUCUCUCUUCAGGACAUAAAUAUGAGGAAAGCCUUCAAAAGUUCCACUGUUCAGGAUCAGCAGGUUCUAUCCAAAGGCAGCACUCCCACUUCUGUGACCGACAUGUACAACACUGCUGACAAAGCCCCUGCUCUGAGUGCACUGUCUGCUUACAGAGAAGACUCGACAGACGCAAUGAAGUUUUACUCAGACCCAUCUUACUUUUUUGACUUGUGGAAGGAGAAGAUGUUGCAAGAUACAGAGGAGAAGAGAAAGGAAAGGAGACGGCAAAGGGAACAAAAACGCUGCGUGGACAAUAAUACAAUUCAGCGCGAGGUGAAAAAAGUGAGAAAGGCCCGAAAUCGCAGACAGGAAUGGAAUGUGAUGGCGUUUGAUAAAGAGCUUCGGCCUGACCACCGCCAUCCACAAAGUCUGCAUCGAGGGCUGAGCUCUGAGGGCUCUCUCUCUCCAGAUGGCAGGCCCGACCUUCCAGAAUACCCAGUUCCACCUGUGCCUGUCCUUGCGGCUUGUAACUUUGCCAAGUCUUCCACUUCCACCCCGGGUGACCCGUCGCCACCUGUAGAGCAUGAAUACCACAGCAUUGAUGUGAACUACAAGAGAGGAGCCUACUCCACUGGAGAUCCACCCUUCACCGAACAAAUGAACGGAGCAACUCGUCCACCUGCUGAAUACAACGCUACCCCUCCUCAGGGAGUCGGAACGCGAAUCCCAUCUUCACAGACAGCAUUCGGGGGUCCCCCUGGUGCCCUGCCCUCGGCCCAUAAUGGAGUGUUACAUGUGGGGCCUGGAUACGCACUUCCACCUGUACCUCCCCCUCCAGGACCCCCGCCUCUGCCUCCCCCCACUGCACCCCCACGCCCUCGGGACUACAGCAAGAGUGGACGGGCUGACGCACCGCCAGUCAGAGAUGCCAGAAGUGAUCUCUUAUCCGCAAUUCGAAUGGGGAUACAAUUGAAAAAAGUCCAGGAGCAGCAAGAACAGCAAAACAAGUUGGAGCCGGUGGGUAAUGACGUGGCCACAAUAUUGUCCCGUCGGAUUGCGGUGGAGUACAGUGACUCUGAGGAAGACUCUGAGCUGGAGGAAAACGAGUGGUCAGAUUAA